AUGAACAAAAAAAAACACGCGUCCUCCGAAGCCGGCGAUGCUUUGAUCAAUGAAAAUAAGAAACAAAGGUUAGAUAUUACCGAAAUUAGACCAUUCGAGGAACUAUUUAACCAGAACUACCUUCGACCCGAAUUCAUUUCCGCUUGUCGCACCGCAUUCCGUAAACGUCUCCCUUUCAACAACUCCACCUCGGUCACCAUUUUCAAUAAACCCUUCCCGAUAAUCGUUCUUCCCGAUAUUUUUCCCACGGAAUUCCUGAAAUCCGUCAAAUUCGCUUUAGAAAAAGAAGUGUUUUACCACAAAUCAAAUGACCUGUAUGAAUUCUAUCAAAGCGAUGACCUAAAACUUUCGACGAAACCGGAAUUAGUUAGGCUACGAGAAACCAUCUACUCUUCUCAAUUCGUUCAAUUGAUUUCAGAACUAACCGGAAUCGAGUUGGAUGAAACGCCAGAUUUAUCUGCGCACCAAUACGCAUAUGGGAAUUACUUGUUGUGCCACGAUGAUGACAUUAAAAACGAUGACAAUUCUCACGGAAGAAGAGUUGCCUUUAUUUUUUAUUUGGUUGAAGAAGACUGGUGCGAAGAGGAUGGUGGUACUUUGGAGUUAUUUGAUAGUGAUGAGUUGGGACAACCGAAAAAUGUUGUUCAAUCCAUAAUUCCGAAAUGGAAUUCCAUGGCAUUUUUUGAAUUGAAUUCGACUUCAUAUCAUCAAGUUUCCGAAGUUUUGUCCAGAUCCAAAAUACGCCUUUCAAUUUCCGGUUGGUUUCAUGGGCCAUUACACACGAGAUUAUCGAAUGCCAACUAUAAUCUCCCGACUUCUUUUCCGCCUCGACUUGACCAAUUUUUUCAUCAUCAGUACCCGUCUAUAAAUGACUUGGUAAAUCCAAGUUACUUAACCGAGCAAGGGAAAAAGAAUAUCUUGAAGACACUCAGACAGGAAGCGUCAAUUGAGCUGCAGCAAUUCUUAAAAAUAGAAGUGUACGAAAAGUUAAUGGAUAGCUUGAAUCGCGUAGAAUGGGAUGAAAACCCAAUGGGACCGCCGUUUAUUAGAAAAUAUCGGUUGAUUGACAAUGAAAAAUGCAUAACGCCUCAACCAUUCUACCAGUUCAUUCAUGACUUCCUAACUUCAACAGCAUUCACCGCCUACCUUUCAGAAAUUACGAGAUAUGAAGUCACAUCGUUAUCUUCAGAAAUUCGUCAGUUCCUACCAGGAGAUUACACCUUGUUACAUGACCAAGCAUUGGAUCGCGAGGGAUUAGAUAUAGUGUUACAUUGUAUUGAAGAGAAAAAUAAAGAAACCGGAGAAGAGGAAGAAUGGAACACAGAAUGGCAAGGCGGAACACAUUAUGUUGCAAGGGAAGAAGAACUAUUGACCCUUUGGCCCAAAAAGAAUACACUUAGCAUUGUCGUUAGAGACGAAGAUGAUGAAGAGGAUGAGUACGAUGGGGGUGAUAGUAUCGAGGAUGAAGGAGAAAAUA